GAUUGGUUUGAGAGAAAGGACGGUAACUGCUGAAGAGGAAUUUCGAGCUUACGGCUAACGAAGUCUAUAGACUUUGGUAGUUGUCGAUUGAAAGGGGGCAUUUAAAAAUGUGACAUUCGAAAGGAGGAUUUGUCUCUCCAGCUAUCUAUCGAAAGAAUAGCCUACCCGCUUUAAAAAUUGGAGGUAGCUUGUUAAGUUAGGAUUUAGACCUCCUCUUCCUCUGUCCUCGAUGCCAACAAAAACAGCCGUCGAAGAAGCAGAAGAAAAGAGUGCACUUGUUGGUCUGAUGGAAACCAAUGGAGAACUGAAGGUUUUCAUCGACCAGAAUCGGAGUCCCAGUAAAGGUGUCCUGUCUCUGGUUGCUGUCCAUCCUGCGUCCAUCCCCAUGGCCAAACAACUACUGCCUAAAACCCUGGGGCCCUCCAAUGUCAACAUUGCUCCACACAUGGUGAUUGGUACGCCCCAGAGGCCUAGUGUUUCCAGUGCCAUACUGGUGAAUAGCCCUCACACACCCAACUCCCAGUUCCUCACACAGAGCCAGCCGGCCGACGCGUCGCCAUGGUCCUCGGGGAAGCGUGGUAAGAAGGGGGAGAAGAAUGGCAAGGGUCUGAGGCAUUUCUCCAUGAAGGUGUGUGAGAAGGUGCAGAAGAAAGGGGUGACAACCUACAACGAGGUGGCAGACGAGCUGGUGGCAGAGUUCAGCGCUACAGACAACCACAUCUCCCCCAACGACUCACAUGUGUAUGACCAGAAGAACAUCCGACGGCGUGUGUACGACGCGCUCAACGUGCUCAUGGCCAUGAACAUCAUCUCUAAAGAGAAGAAAGAGAUCAAGUGGAUCGGUCUGCCCACCAACUCAGCACAGGAAUGCCAGAACCUAGAAGUGGAGAGACAAAGGAGACUGGAUAGGAUCAAGCAGAAGCAGUCACAACUCCAAGAGCUCAUAUUACAGCAAAUAGCCUUUAAGAACCUGGUGCAGCGGAACAGACAGACGGAACAGCAGGCCAACAGACCUCCGCCCCCCAACUCUCUCAUCCACCUCCCCUUCAUCAUCAUCAACACCAGCAAGAAGACCGUCAUCGACUGUAGCAUCUCCAAUGACAAGUUUGAGUACCUGUUUAACUUUGACAACAUGUUUGAGAUCCACGACGACAUUGAGGUGCUGAAGCGUAUGGGCAUGGCCUGUGGCCUGGAGGUGGGCAAGUGUUCCCCGGAGGACCUGAAGGUGGCACGCAGCCUGGUGCCCAAAGCCCUGGAGCCCUAUGUCACAGAGAUGGCCCAGGGCCCCAUCAGUAAUGUCUACAUCACUGGAGGAUCCUCCACCAACGGGCGGCGCCAUCACGGCCAGGGCAGAGGCAAAAUGCUGUUGCGUGUUCAGCUCGGGGAAGAGCAGAAAUACGUGAAGCUGUCUGAGCUGACAUUCAAUGCUUUCUUGAAAGAAGUGUGUCUAAAAUUCAACAUACCAGAAAGCAGAAAGCCAGACAUUAAGGUGUAUGACCAGUCUGACACAGAAGUUGACUCAGAUGUUUUUGAAGAAUUAGUAAAGGAGUCACCUGGAACUUUCAGAAUCAUGCUGGGCAAUGGACUUGAUACCUCUCAUUCAUCAUCAUGCUCGGGUACAUCUGAUGACACCAUCAUUCUGAAUUUCACUGUGUGUGACGAUGUUGAAGAAGUAGCGGCUGGCGAAGGAAGCCAGCCUAAAAGGCCAUGCCACAUAAACUAUGAGGCAAAAGCACUGAUUGAAAAAAUCCUAACAUCAAAGCCUGGUGGUGAACGCAUUAUGCAAGAGUAUGGAAAAACCAAAUCUCUGACAGAUGCCACCAGAAGACAGAUGAUCAACAUACUUGCUGCUGAGAUGACAGAAACACAUGGGUAAGCAUUAAGCAUAUAGAUGGGCUGUAAAGAAACAUUGUUAUUAUUUUCCGGUUAUUAAUUAUGUAAAAUGUGUUGUGCAAUAUCAAUUCAGUGUGAUGUUAACUUUGAAUU